UGUCUCACCACUGCUGUGUUUCUCCAGUCUAGCGCUCACUCCUUUUUAGCGGAUUGCCACAACAGGGGUAGGAUUACGAGAAGGAAUAAACACAUAACCAAAAAUGGCAGAGCUUGGAGCGGUGAGCCUGCUAACAGGAGAUUCUGCAUUUAAAUAUCAAGAGCAUGAGCUAAACGAGCGUUUGAAGCGGCUGUACCCGGCCGUGAAUGAGGAAGAAACCCCCUUACCCCGAUCUUGGAGCCCCAAGGAUAAAUACAGCUACAUCGGGCUCUCACAGAAUAAUCUGCGGGUGCAUUACAAAGGCCACGGAAAAAACCACAAGGAUGCAGCGUCCGUUCGCGCCACCCAUCCCAUCCCUGCAGCCUGUGGCAUCUACUAUUUUGAGGUGAAGAUCGUAAGCAAAGGAAGGGAUGGGUACAUGGGAAUUGGACUGUCAGCCCAGGGUGUCAACAUGAACAGACUGCCUGGUUGGGACAAGCACUCCUAUGGUUACCAUGGUGAUGAUGGACACUCCUUUUGCUCCUCAGGGACGGGCCAACCAUAUGGCCCAACCUUCACAACAGGCGACGUUAUUGGCUGCUGUGUGAACCUCAUCAAUAACACAUGCUUUUACACCAAGAACGGACACAGUUUAGGUGUGGCUUUCACAGACCUCCCACCCAACCUGUACCCCACAGUAGGGCUGCAGACUCCUGGAGAGAUAGUAGAUGCUAACUUUGGACAACAGCCUUUUGUGUUUGACAUUGAGGAUUACAUGAGCGAAUGGAGGGCCAAGAUCCACAGCAUGAUCGCCCGCUUCCCCAUCGGAGAGAGACUGGGAGAUUGGCAGGCAGUGCUGCAAAACAUGGUGUCCAGCUACCUGGUCCAUCAUGGUUAUUGUGCCACAGCAAUGGCCUUUGCCAGAGCCACAGAGACUAUGAUCCAAGAGGACCAAACCUCAAUAAAAAACAGACAAAGAAUACAGAAGCUGGUAUUGGCAGGGCGUGUUGGAGAAGCUAUUGACGCUACACAGCAGUUGUACCCUGGACUCCUAGAACACAACCCUAAUUUACUCUUCAUGUUGAAGUGUCGGCAGUUUGUGGAGAUGGUGAAUGGUACAGAUAGUGAGGUACGGUGCUUUAGUGUCCGCUCUCCUAAAUCCCAAGACAGCUAUCACGGAUCCCCAAACCUGAGCCCACGGCACGGAGCCACCAAUGCUCACUUGCACAGCACAGAAGCAGAAAGUCCCACAUGCAGUAACGGGGUCACCCCUCCUAAUAAAAAUAAGAGCCACAGCAAAUACACAGGUGUAAGCUCUGCCUCCUCCUCUCCAUCCUCCUCCCCCUCCUCCGUCAAUUACUCAGAGUCCAACUCUACUGACUCCACCAAGUCCCAGCCCCACAGUGCUACCAGCAACCAGGAGACUAGUGAUAGUGAGAUGGAGAUUGAGGCAGAACACUACAGUAACGGCGUGACAGAAAGCUCAACUCGCAUUGUGAAUGGCACAUACAAAUACCAGGAAAUCCUGCAGGCAGAUGACAACAGUGUUGGCAAUGGAGUAGCAGAUGACAACUGCAGCUCCAGACAGCUUUGUGGAGGAAACCAAGCCGCCACGGAGAGAAUGAUCCAGUUUGGCAGAGAGCUUCAGACGCUUAGCGAGCAGCUCUGUCGCCAAUACGGCAAGAAUGCCACUCACAAAAAGAUGCUGCAGGAUGCAUUCAGUCUGCUGGCGUACUCCGACCCCUGGAACUGCCCAGUGGGCCAGCAGCUGGACCCCAUGCAGAGAGAGGCGAUCUGCUCUGCUCUCAACAGCGCUAUUCUGGAGUCUCACAACCUGCCCAAGCAGCCUCCUCUCAUGCUGGCCUUGGGUCAGGCCACAGAGUGUGUGCAGCUGAUGGCCAGGGUCCGCUCUGGAUCCUGCUCCUUUGCCAGAGUCGACAACUUUUUGCUUUAGCAUCAGUCCAGGCAAUGUUCAGAACAACUAAGAAGAAGACUUUUCGAAUUGGUUGCCAUGACGAGAGCACGUGUUUGAUAUGGUGUGUCGCUUGCCGUUUGCCAGAAGCAGCCGAGCAGAAUGAAUAGAAACAUUAGAAGAGAGGCUUCUUUUUAAUUUAGUAUUAUCAAAUACAAAUUGUGUGACACUAUUUAAAGAUAAUGAAUUAUUCUGUUUAUCUAGUCAUUUUAUUUUAGUUUAUAUUUUGUCUGUUUGUUGUUCUCAUCACGAAACAAAUCAACCUUCCGGCUCGUUUUUUUCAAGGGGGAAUUCAGUGCAUAGUAUUUCAAGCAUACCAUAUCAACGUUAUACAUAAUGGUAAGUUCCUAUUAAAAAUACAAUCUACAUACUCUGGAUUUCUCAGUCAGAGCUCAGGUAUUUAGACAAAUGUUUUGUCGUCAGAACAAGAUAUUAGCAGAAACAGGUGUUGCUUUACCAGACCAUACUGGGGGGUUUAAAUAAGGCCCUUUUCUAUGUACAAGCAAAUUCUGUAGGUUAACUUUAGCCAACCCUUUAGGAAUUAGAUGGACAUUAAUGUUGUGCGUACAGGAGUUUUCAUGUGCCCUGGCGUUGUUUUCAUUGGAGUAUGUGUGUGGGACAGGGUGAGAUAAUGCAUGGCUCCUAGCAUCUCACCUUUUAAGCUACCUUAGUAUCUCAAGCACCAGCACAACUUUCAUUAGACAAAAUCCCACAGUGAUGAUGCAGACUUGCCUUGGGGUCCAAUGUAGGUGAAUUAUAUUUUGAACUGUAGAUGUUUUCCCAAAAUAAAUCUAUUUUACCAAUAUUUUACCAUCUUUAUAGCAGUGGGUAUCAUGCAAACUUUUGUUAAGUUAGGUAUAAUGAAAUUAACCUGGGGUUUUCAGAUUUUCUGGCUGUACCAAAUAAAAAGGUAACGUUUUUGACAAAGAAAAUGAAGGUCAGUAGUUUGAUUACUGAAAAGCUCCAGCGAAGCUUGCAAUUGAACUUCUUAUACCAAUUCUGUACGUUUAUAACCAUGUGAAUAGUGUCACUUUGUUGAUAGUUUUCCUGUUAGAUUAAUGACUACAGGCUGACACCAUUUCAACUAUUGUUAUUAGUCGUUUCAUUGGCUGUUAAGUACUGUUGUUAAAGUUUUGUUACCACUGGAUGCACUGUACUUCAAUUCAUGCACAUGAAGCAUUAUUGUAUCUGUCUACCUCUCCUGUUCAGUAAUGGAGGAAUGGAGUAGGAACUUGCUGUAUGCAAGACAAUUGACUGACCCUAGGUUCCUGCAAAUUAACGGAAAACGCUAAUGCGAUCAAUUGCAAACAAAAUAUGUAUUUAUUUAGUUAUUAGAACAUCUCCUUAAAUUGCAAAUGUCUGUGUUGCUCAAAACUUCACUGUGACCUCAUGUGUGCAAUUGUUUUGUCCAUUUCUCCUAGCUCUCAACAAUCUCUACUUGGCCUUUAUAAGAAGUAUAUAAGUGUGAUAUUAACAAUAGUUCAGGCUCUUAAUUCUACACUCUUUUUAUUUCCUUCUAGCGGCCUGUGUAUUCUCUGUCGGACGUGGCGUGAUGUUACUCUCACUCUCCUUAGCUUUUCUUUGAACUGAUUGGUCCAUGAAGGAAAAACUGUCAAUUGUUCCCAUGUCAACCCAACAUUUCACUCAGCUAGCACGCCACCGUGGUGUUGAAUGUAGCUUAGCCGAUUUUACUCUCAUUUUAUGUCCCACUUUUUAGCUGCUGGCCAUCAUGAGAUUGUUUGUUACGUUCCCUCAUCUACACCUGCUUUGUAAACUUCACUUAUACCUCAUUUACUCUUUGGAAAGUGCUGUCUAGCUUGUUGUAUCAUGUCAGGCAUUUACAUAAAAGGUCUGUGUAGUGCAGUUACCAUUUUGUUAGGUCACUGAGGUCAAAGGUCCGAGGCUCAACCUUGCACAUGCUCCUCCUCAAUAUCUAAAAUAAACACUGCCUUUUCAUUUUUAGAGUCUAGGAGUAAAAUUGUGGAUUAACACAUCCUCAUCCCCAAUAAUCUGUCAACUAAUUAAAAAUUUUCACUCAAAAAGAUGGAUCAUUUUGAUUGUUAAGUGGUGGUAUCUUAUUUCAUGGGGAUUACUUGCAUAACAUUUACACAGCCAUAAAUGUUUAUAGAUAAUGGCUCAUACUUCUACUGACCUGUAAGUAAUAGAUCUUUGUUUAGGGAUGGCUUUUUAAUGACAAAUAUGUUUUGGAACUCAUCAUAGUCUAACCACCUAAAAUGUACAUUGUCGUUUGAAAAAUACGUUUUAAUGUUAUAACUAAAAAUGUGGCUUUAAAUAGGGACCUAUGUACAUAUGUGGAAGUGAAGAAAGUAGCCAGAAUCCAUCUUUGUCAUGUGGUGAAUUUCCUACCUGAAAUGACAAGGGGCAGGAGUACAGCAAGCUGUGCAAAAUUUACUUCUAUUAUGAUUUUCAUUUUAUUUGAGUUUUAUUUUAGCGAUUGUGAAAUGAGUUGCCCUCUACUUAGCAUGAACCUUUAAAAAAAAAAAAAAAAGAAAGAAAAAAGAAAAACAAUUCAAAAAGGAAAAAAAGAGACAUACCUAUGUAAUGGAAACAUUAUAAAAAAAUAUUGUACUCAUUUAAUUUUGACAGAAUUAUUUUUAUUAAAAUACACAUCCAUGAACAU